UCCCUACAUUCAUUUCCCCCAGCUAUAUAUAUUUCUCUGCCAUCUGCUCUCACCUUAUAAAACUACCCCCACCCUCACCCCCUUGCCAUUCACAUGUUCACAUUCACAAACCGGUGAUAGUUAGACUGCAGUGACGGAACCAGAUUCGAAAGUUAAAAUAAUGGCGAACAUUGGUAGGAGAAAAAAGGUGACCGAUCCGCUAGAUGAUAAAGUAAAAGCGAGAAUCUGCGGUUCAGGCCGGUUCUACAAUCCGUUUUAUAUCAGCAGCGGGAGUGAGCACAGUUCUCAACACGGCGAUGUCGAGGAAGAUGAUGCACCUUGCUUAUCGAACCUCCUUUGCGGAUUUCUCGACGAGCACGACGUCAAACAAGAUCAGUCGUCGACAGAAAGCGACUCCGAUUCGGAAGAUGAGUGUGAUUAUCAGAUUUACGAUGAAAAUUUCGAGAUUUUGAGCAAGGCGAUUUUUAACGAAGGUACGGAUAAAUAUCGAAAUGUUUUGCUAGGUCAAGUUUCGAAAGCUGCGGAAAUAUUUUGGUUCGUAAAAUCCGAUGCGUCGCUUCUGAGACGUAACGUGAUGGCGUUUUUGCGAAGCGUUGGAUACAAUGCGGGGAUUUGCAAGACUAAAUGGGAGAAGUGCGGUGGAUUAACCGCAGGGACCUACGAAUUCAUCGAUGUUCUCCGAUCCGAAGACGAUAAAAUUAUUCGGUAUUUUGUUGAUUUUAAUUUCGCUAGCGAAUUUAAAAUCGCGAGACAAACGAGUCAGUACGAGCGACUACUAAGCGCGCUACCUAAUGUUUUUAUCGGAAAGAACGAUAAUUUAAAGCAGAUCGUGCGAGUAAUGAGCGACGGAGCUAGACGUUCAUUAAAAAGCCAGGGUUUGCAUCUCCCUCCGUGGCGAAAAAAUCGGUUCAUGCAGUGCAAAUGGUUCGGCAAGUACAAGAGGACCUCGAAUUUAAUUCCGGCGAAUACGUCGAAUACGUAUUCGCCGGUGAAAGAAAGUGCGGUGAAAUGUCGGGCAGUUGGAUUUGCUCCGUUCAUGGCUGCGACAACUCGUACACGAUAGGUUGUCGUAAAAUUAUUAAAUUAAUGUGGAGUUUAUAAAAUAGGUUAUCUUGCUGUGUUGAUCGACUUUUCCAUAUUUGGUAUGGAUUGAUGAUUUUAAUAUACGAGAAAAUUUGUUAAAGUACGCAGCAAAUCAACAGUGUGUGUGGAAGCACAAGAGUUCAGAUUCA